GACUAAUCUGAAGCUCCACCUCGGUGUUUGCGGAGCGAGGUCUCAACUCAACAGCAAACCUCUAUUGUUUGGUUUUCAGCUUCAGAGAAUAGAGGAGGGAGGGAGGAAGGGGUCAUAGAAAUUGAUGCAUCAUCAGUUGAUUAGGUGUCCCUGGUGAGCAGAGCGGAAUUUAGUGCGGGCCGAAAGUUUUGAGCGUGUGAUUCCUAGAAGUCGUGCCCUGUGCAGAGGCGAUGGAAUAAGGACAUCUAGUUUCUCUUUGGCCCGAGCAGGAUCAAAAACUUACUCGGUUUACUUUACUGAGCAUUUUCCGGAUACCAUGAGAAGAAUGCGGACAGCAGCCGGCGGGAUCUCGUGCGUCCUUUACAUUGCAGCCUUCGCAGUCACCUUGCCUGCCGCCUCUGGACAGGGCUCGCUGCCUACGAACGGAGUGAACGGCUUCAGCCUGCAUCCUCCUUACUUCAAUUUAGCGGAAGGCACAAAAAUCACAGCCACAGCAACCUGCGGCGAGGAUGAAAACGGAAAGCCCAUCGCGGAUCUGUACUGCAAACUUGUCGGGGGGCCGGUGUCUGGCGAUCCGAGCCAAACCAUUCAGGGUCAAUACUGUGACAUAUGUAGUGCCGGGGAUAGCAACAGAGCCCACCCAAUUACUAAUGCCAUUGAUGGGACAGAGCGUUGGUGGCAGAGCCCCCCACUUUCUCGGAGUCUAGACUACAAUGAGGUCAACGUUACACUGGACCUUGGGCAGCUCUUUCAUGUUGCCUAUGUUCUCAUCAAGUUUGCUAAUUCACCAAGACCUGACCUAUGGGUUCUUGAAAGGUCAGUUGACUUCGGACUCACAUACCAGCCAUGGCAGUUUUUUGCCUCUUCAAAAAGAGACUGCAUUGAAAAGUUUGGCCAGAGAACAGUUGAACGUAUUAUUAAAGACAAUGAUGUCAUUUGUACAACUGAGUACUCACGCAUUGUGCCCCUAGAGAAUGGAGAGAUUGUUGUCUCUUUGGUGAAUGGCAGACCUGGCGCUAUGAAUUUCUCCUAUUCCCCUGACCUACGUGAUUUCACAAAAGCCACAAGUAUCCGCCUGCGUUUCCUCAGGACCAACACUUUGCUGGGACAUCUGAUGGGCAAAGCUCUCCGGGACCCAACUGUCACUAGAAGAUAUUACUACAGUAUUAAGGAUAUCAGCAUUGGAGGACGCUGCGUAUGCAAUGGACAUGCAGAAGCUUGUGAUGCCAAAGACCCGACUGAUCCUUACAGACUUGUUUGUGAUUGCCAACACAACACUUGUGGAGGAUCGUGUGAGCGCUGUUGUCCAGGAUUUAACCAGCUACCAUGGAAACCCGCCACAACAGACAGUGCCAAUGAGUGUGAACCAUGCAAUUGCAACAACCAUGCAUUUGAUUGCUACUAUGACCCUGAAUUCGAGAAGAGAAGAGCCAGCAUGAAUCUGCAAAGAGAAUUCCUGGGAGGGGGUGUCUGUAUAGACUGUCAGCAUCACACCACUGGUGUCAACUGUGAACAAUGUGAGAAGGGGUUCUACAGGUCUCCUGACCAUCCUGUAACCUCCCCAUUUGCCUGUGCAGCCUGUGCCUGUGAUUCAAAGUUCACUGACGGCACCUGUGAAGACCUCACAGGCCGAUGUUACUGCAAACCAAAUUAUACUGGAGAGAACUGUGACUCCUGUGCCGAAGGCUAUAUGGAUUUUCCUGCUUGCUACCCUGUCCCUACUUACCACAAUGUAGACAAUGGGGAACUUCUUCCAGCCGGAUCCAUCAUCAAUUGUGAAUGUAACGCUGCUGGGACUGAGGGUAACUCAUGUCGCCCAAACCCAACUAGCAGGACCUGCAUCUGCAAGCCGAACUUUGAGGGGGUUCACUGUGAUCAAUGUGUCCCCAGGCAUUUUGGACUGAACUGUCAACCCUGUAAAUGCACAGGACCUGGAGUUUUGAAUGGUGGAUGCAACGCUGAGACUGGCGAGUGUUAUUGCCGAAGUGGCUUUGAAGGGUAUUUGUGUGACCGAUGUGCGCCUCGCUACUUCCACUACCCCCUCUGCCAACUUUGUGGCUGCAGCAUUGUGGGAUCAAUGCCUGAAGGGUGUGACCUUUCAGGACGCUGUAUCUGCAAACCAGGGUUUGAUGGGCCUCGAUGUGAACAGUGCAAAAGUGGAUUUCAUGCCUUCCCAAAUUGUCAAGCUUGCCAGUGCGACCCACGUGGUUCAACUGAUAUCAACUGCAGUCCAUCUGGGCAGUGCCAGUGUCUGCCUAAUUUCGCUGGUGCAGCUUGUGACCGGUGUGCUUCUGGCUACUAUGGCUAUCCCAGCUGCACACCAUGCCAUUGUUCAGUUGAAGGGUCUCAGAAGAGUUCUUGUGACCAAGAGACGGGUCGUUGUAUCUGCCUUCCAAAUGUGGCUGGCCAGCACUGUGACAGUUGUAUUCAAGGAGCUUACAACUUCCCUAACUGUCAAGUUGGAUCCUGCAACCCUGCUGGUUCAAUACAAAACGAGAUUGCUCCCUCAAUUGGGUCCUGUGAUUGCCGUCCUUAUGUUGAAGGAGCAGCCUGUGACAGAUGUAAACCUCUUUACUGGAACCUGACACCUGACAAUCCAUACGGGUGUACCAAUUGUCACUGCAGCACUGACGGCACCAUAAGUGGAGUUGCAGAAUGUUCUCAAGGAAAUGGGCAGUGCUUUUGUAAGCCCAACGUCUGCAGCCGGUCCUGCUCCAUGUGUAAAGAGGGUUACUACAAUCUACAAAGCACUAACUACUUUGGGUGCCAGGGAUGCUCUUGUGAUAUUGGGGGCUCCAUAGGUCUGACGUGCGAUGAGCGUUCUGGAAGGUGUCAGUGCAGACAGAAUGUAGAGGGGCGAAGAUGCAACCAGCCCAAGAAGGACUACUAUUUCCCAGAUCUUCACCAUCUAAAAUUUGAGAUUGAAGAUGGGACAAUGUUGGAUGGCAGACCGGUUCGGUUUGGCCACAACCCUCUGGAGUUUGAGAGCUUCAGUUGGCGGGGGUAUGCACAGAUGUCACCAAUUCAGCCAAGGUUAGUAGUGCCUAUCACUGUGAGCUCUCCUGACCUGUUUCACAUAGUAUUUCGCUAUGUCAACCGUGGUGCUUCAGCUGGCAAGGGGAGGGUUUCGGUCCUGGAAGAAGGCAAGCAUGUUCUUUGUAGAAACUGUUCGGAGCAGUCCAAGCAGAUUAUUUUUGCUCCCAGCUCUGAGCCCACAUUUGUCACUGUGCCUCAGAACAGCUUUGUGGAGCCUUUCGUGCUGAACCCAGGAAGCUGGUCAGUCAUCAUCGAGGCAGAGGGAAUUCUACUGGACUUCCUAGUUUUGUUGCCCAGCGCAUAUUAUGAAGGCCCCAUCCUUCAGCUGAAAGUCACAGAAGCAUGUUUGUACAAACCAGUCAGCGGAGAAGCCAGCCAGCACUGUCUACUGUACAAGUACUUAUCCUUGGACAGCUUCGCUGCUGCCUCUGGUACUGAUGGAACCUGCAGAUUUGAUAAUCACUUACCUAGGCCAUGCCAACAGGGUAUAGUUACUGAUCGCCAUCCUCCAAUGGCCAUCUGCAGUGGAAAUGACAUUAAUGUCCAGUUAAGAAUUCCUGUCUCUAGGCCAGGAGGCUAUGUCCUUGUCUUGGAGUACACAAGUGAGGAGGAAAACUCUCAGACUCUUAUGGUUUCAGUAAACACACCGGGAACCCACAUACAACAGGAAUCCAUUAUUGUGGCCCCUUGCAGAUACAGUUUUCUUUGCCGGUCUGUGGCCAUUGAUACCAAGCAUCGUGUGAGUGUGUUUGAACUGGCUACUGAAGCUGACAUCCAGCUUACUGCAGACAAAGCUAAUUUCUUCCUGCAUAAGGUGUUCCUGAUUCCUCACAAUCACUUUACGAUGGAAUAUGUGAAACCCAGAAUGCACUGUAUUAGUACACAUGGAACAUUUUCUCCUGACAGCAGUGCCUGUAUUCCAUCACGAUUCCAGAAGCCUUCCCAGUCAAUCAUCCUCAAGGAGGGACAGACCUCUUCCGUUCCCAAUACUGUGCCUGUCGAUCAUGACAGUGUGCUCAACCCUGUACAAGUCCUGGAAUGGCCACAUCCUGCUAAUAACCGCCCGUUUACGGCUGUGGAUUCAACAGAUCUCAUUUGGCUCCAUAGCUCACAGAACACUGUUGCCUUUACCUCACGUGUGCAGAACUUGGGACGCUAUGCUGUCAUUCUGCACUUUUUCCAGCCCUACCACCCUACUUUCCCAGUGGAGGUCUUUCUGAAUGGAGGCCGCAUUUGGCAAGGUUAUGCUAAUGCCACCUUUUGUCCACACGGUUAUGGGUGCCGCAGUCUUGUGAUUGCUGAAAAUCAAGUCAUUCUGGACGUAACGGAUCAUGCUAUCUACAUUACUGUUCAUGUACCUGAAGGAAAAACGCUUUGGCUGGAUUACAUUCUGGUGGUGCCAGAGGAGAGUUAUAGCUCUAACUACUUGGACGAGGAACCUUUGGACAAAUCCUAUGACUUCAUCAACCUCUGUGGAGUCAACAGCUUCUACAUCAACCCUGCUACUGUAACACCAUUCUGCAAAAACUCAGCCAUUUCAUUGUCAGCGUUCUACAAUAAUGGAGCCCGGCCAUGUGCUUGCCAUGAAGCUGGUGCGGUGAGCCCUACCUGCGAACCCUUUGGAGGACAGUGCAGCUGCCGUCCCCAUGUCAUCGGGAGAGACUGCUCGCGCUGUGCUACAGGAUACUGGGGCUUCCCUAACUGUCGACCAUGUCAAUGUGGAACUCGACUGUGUGAUGAGGUGACAGGCCAAUGCAUUUGCCCACCGCGUACUCUUAAGCCUGAUUGCACCAUUUGUGAGCCUCAGACCUUUGGCUGUCACCCCCUGGUGGGGUGUGAGGAGUGUAACUGCUCAAGUUCUGGAAUUACGGCCUUCACAGACAACAGUUGUGACAUAGAAAGUGGACAGUGCAGGUGCAAGAUCAAUAUCAUCGGGAGACAGUGUGACCGUUGCUAUUCUGGCUUCUAUAGUUAUCCAAACUGUAGGAGAUGUCAGUGCAAUGAGGCAGGCACUGAAGCAGAUUCCUGUGACCCUGUCACUGGCCAGUGUCACUGCAAGGAAAACGUUGAAGGCCUGAGGUGUGAUCAGUGCAAAGCUGGAACUUUCCACUUAGACGCCACAAACCCAAAGGGCUGCACCAGCUGCUUCUGUUUUGGGGCCACUGAUCGGUGCCGCAGCUCAGACAAGUUCCGAACACAGCUAAUGGACAUGAAUAGCUGGGUUCUCUUGAAUGGCGAAAGGCAGGAGAUACCAGUUUCUGUAAAUUUCGAUCAGAACCUAGUUGAGGCAGAUCUUCGAGAUGUGCCUGACGUCAGUCAAGAGCUGCACUGGAGUGCCCCACAAAGCUACCUCGGUGACAAGGUUUCAUCUUAUGGAGGAUUUUUAAGCUAUCGACUGCUUUCCCAAUCUAUGUCUGCUAGGGGUGACUCUGCAGCCCCACUACCAGAAGCAUCUCGUCCUGAUGUCAUUCUUAAGGGCAACCAGAUGACGCUGGUGUAUCUGGAUAAAAACUAUGCUGCCUCCGGGGAUCCUCAUGAGGGUCGUGUCUUACUGGUGGAGGGUAAUUUCCGGCAUGCUCAGACCAGAAAUCCUGUGUCAAGGGAGGAACUGAUGAUGGUCCUUGUUAGUCUGGAGAUGCUCCAGAUUCGUGCACUUCAUUCCCAAUCUUCGCUGGCUGUGUCACUGGUGGAAGUGGUGUUGGAGGGGGCUACGGAGACAUUUGGAGGAAAAGCUGCCAGUAAUGUGGAGAUUUGUAUGUGCCCUGCUAAUUAUCGUGGGGAUUCCUGCCAGGAAUGUGCGCCAGGAUAUUACCGGGACACCAAGGGGCUUUUUCUUGGAAAAUGUGUUCCAUGUCACUGCAAUAGUCACUCAGAUCAAUGCCUGCAUGGGUCAGGCAUAUGUAUUAACUGCCAACACAAUACUGAGGGGGAUCAUUGUGAGAGAUGUAAAUCUGGCUUCCUAGGAAACUCCACUGGAGGCCACACUCCAUCCUGUCUGGGGUGCCCAUGCCCACUUCAGGUUUCCUCUAACAAUUUUGCAAUCCGCUGUAUUGAGCGAGUGUCCAGCAUGCAAUGCCUAUGCAUGCCAGGUUAUGCCGGCCCUAAAUGUGAGAGGUGUGCUCCUGGAUUCUAUGGUAACCCCAUGGUCAUUGGUAGUUCUUGCCAGCCAUGCCACUGCAAUGGUAACACGGACUCCAACAUGCUGUUUAGUGAGUGUGAUUCACUGACGGGGGUUUGCACUGGAUGUAUGCAUAACUCGGCUGGACCGCACUGUGAGAUCUGUGCGCCCGGAUACUUUGGAGAUGCCAUAGUCACCAAAAACUGUACCAAGUGCAACUGCUCACCUUGUGGAACUGCAGCAUGUGACCCCCACACCGGCAUAUGCCGUUGCAAGCCUGGCGUGACUGGUCUACGCUGUGAUCGCUGCCAGGAUGGUUUUUACGGGUAUGACUCUUGCACAGGCUGUAACCAUUGCGACUGCAGUGCUGCAGCUGCCAUUACUCAGCAGUGCCACCCUGUAGAUGGGCACUGCACCUGCCAACCAGGAGUAAAUGGACCACAGUGUCUACAGUGUGCACCGGACUUCUGGGGCUACAGUCCCAAUGGCUGUAAUAAAUGCCACUGCAACGGUGGGUCCUGCAAUCCUCGUUCUGGUGAGUGUACCUGCCAAGAUGGGUUGACAGGAAGGCAGUGUGACACCUGCAUUCAGGAUUAUCACAUCCCAGUGCUGAAUGGCAUAUUCUCUCUGGCAUGUCAACCCUGUGACAACUGCGUUGUGGUCCUGCUAGAAGAUCUCAACAGGCUGAGUGCUCUCUUUCCUGAUGUUCAAGAGCAGCUCUCCAAUCUGAACGCCAGCUCUGCUGCCUGGGGCCGCCUACGCAACCUUAGCAAGACUAUAAAGAAUGUGAGCAAUGAGGUUUAUGAUUAUAAAGAUCUGGUAGAUGCCCAGAGAAAGAAAACUGAUGAUCUGGAAAAUGAGGGUAUGAAUCUAGACCAGGAUCUGGACGCUUUAAUGGAAAAGGCAACAAUGACGAAAAGAAAAGCCAGCACCCUGGAGGGAAAUGUUGCAGCAACCCAUAAACAAGCAGAAGACCUGAUCAGGCAUAUUGGAAACAUCCUGAAGAAUGUGGAAGGAAUAAUAGCUCAGCUCAACAAAUCAUCAUCCAAUGAAAGCAGCAGUGACACGACAGAGGAGAUGAGGCAGAAACUCACUAAGGCAGAGCAAAUGCUGCGAGAGAUGAGGGAGAGAACGUGUUUCAUUCAAAAGAGGACAGCAAAUGUUGAGCUAGAAAUGGCAAAGGAGUUAAUAAAAAAGGUGAGGAAUGAAAUGGCAAACCGUUGGGAAGAAAGUAACAAGCAGAUUGAUGACAUUAUGGAUGAACUGACCAACUACAAUGCCAAGCUGAUGGAUUUGCGUGAUGCAAUUAAUGAAGCCAUCAACAAAACUGCACAGGCCGAGGAACUCAAUAACCUUAAUGAGAACAUGCUUGAUGAGAGCCAGAAAAAAAUGAAAGAUCUGCAACAGAAAACAGCAGAAGUCAAGGACCUCCUCAGAAUGGCAGAAGAUGCUUUGUCUCAGGUUGCUGACCUUUUGCAGAUGCUUAUGGACUUACAAGAGGAGUUUGAAAGAAUGAGUGCCACCCUGGAUGGUGCUAAACAACCUCUUGAGGAGAAGAAGCAGAAGUUUGCUCCAGCAAGCAGUAAAAUUCCACUUGUUGAAGAAGCAGAAAGACAUGCCGAGAUGCUUUACCAGUUGUCCAAAAACCUCACAAACGUAAUUCAAGACACCAACCAGGAUGGUUUUAUUCAGCGAGCCAUUAAUGCAUCCAACGCUUAUUCCAGCAUCAUUGAAGCUGUCCGAAAUGCGGAGAAGGCAGCAAAAAAGGCAGAUGAAGCAGCUUCCGAUGCCCUGCAGAAUGUGAAGAAAGAUAAUCUGAGAGAUCAAGCAGACCUUCUGAAAAACAAAAGCUAUGCACUGGCAGAAGAAGCCAAGAAUGUACAAAAGGAUUUCGAAAGCGAGAUCAUCCCACGAUUACAAGAUCUAGAGAACAAAUUACAGAAUGCCAAGAAUAAGACGGAGGUACUUUCUAAAGAUCUGAAAGAUGCCCAGGAAAAGCUCAACAUAGACACAGGGGAUACUACUAAGAAGAUUCAAAAUGCUAAGACAGCAGCAGAAGAUGCUACCAGUAAAGUCAUUAACAUUGAGAAUAAGCUAAACAAGAUGAAAGAAAGUCUAGAUGAGUGGAAGAAGCAAUAUGGCAACUCCAGCACUAUAAAUGAAGAGUUCAAAAAAGCCUUCCAAGAAGCUAAUGAGUCAGUGAGCUCUCUUGAAGAUGCAGUCCCCUUGCUGAUCAAAAAGCUAGAACAGCUGCAAAGUCGAUCAACACAGAUGCCAAAUAUCUCUGAAAACAUCCUUCGUAUCCGCCAGCUAAUCUCUCAGGCUCGAAAUGCUGCCAGUAAGGUGAAGGUGCCAAUGAAAUUCAAUGGUACCGCCGGGGUACAGGUGCGAAAUCCCAGCAACCUACAGGAUCUUGUGGCAUACACCUCCCUGAGGUUCUUCAUCACACUACCAGAGGCCAAGCGCAAACGACAAGCUGAGCCAGACAAGCAGUUUAUCUUCUAUCUUGGAAAUAAAGAUGCAACUAAGGAGUUUCUUGGCAUGACCAUUGAGGGAGGUCAUCUGAAGUGGCUUUACAACGUUGGAGGAAAAACAGCAAGUCUUCAGAUGGACGAUACAAUUAGCACUGGUACAUUUGACACUGUUAAAAUUGAAAGAAUUUUGCAGUAUGGAAAAAUGUCAAUUACUGUUGACAAAGGCACUGCUAUGGUAACAAAAGGAGAUGUCAUAGCCCAGGGUGAUGAAGGACUCCUCAACCUUACUGCAAGUGAAGCUGUCUUCUAUGUUGGUGGCUACCCAGAAACAUUCACGCCCCCUCCUGAACUUCAGUACCACAACUUUAAAGGCUGCAUUGAACUGGACACUCUGAACGAAGAGGUCAUCAGCCUUUACAACUUUGAGAAGACCUUCCAGCUUGAUACAUCUAAAGAUCGGCCCUGUGGAAGAACAAAGUCCCAGAGUGAACCAUGGAUCAAUGAUGGUGCCUACUUCGAUGGUUCUGGGUAUGCUGAGGUGGAAAUCCAGUCUGCCCUUAUCAUGACAAGUCGCUUUGAGCAGGAAGUAAAGAUCCUCUCCUACAAUGGCAUUUUGUUUUUCUUUGAAGGCAAAGAAUGUUUCAUCUGCAUUGCUGUGAAGGAUGGGAAUUUAAAAUUUUAUUAUGACUUUGAUAAUGAAUUUAAGGAGGCCCAGCCUGUGAAGACUGACAUGCCGACUGACAUUAGUGAUGCAAAAUCUCGAGGGAUUCAAGUUAUAAUCCGCAUCCAAAGUUCUAAAACGAAAAUCUAUGUUCGAAUGGAGAGGAUGGUGCUUUUCAACGUGGACUAUGAUGGCCCUGCUCUAGAGUUCAGUCAGAUGUACUACUUAGGAGGUGUGCCAAAGGAAAAACUCCCACAAAGUCUGAAGAUCCUGUUCCCAGAAGGAGGAUCCGUUAAAGGCUGUUUCAGAAGCAUUAAAGCUCUGGAUAUAUAUAAGGACUUGAAGCGAAUGAAUACAACUGGCGUCAGUUUUGGAUGUUCCUCUGACCUCCUGUUGGCUCGAACAGCCAAAUUCAACGGAGAUGGAUAUCUUGACCUGUCCUUGGACAAUGUCCCCAGUCUAAUGAAUGAUUUCUAUGCUGGGUUUGGCUUCAGAACAAGCCAAAGUAACGGCCUCAUGUUCUCCUAUAACACUGCGGAUGGAAACUGCCAAAUUUACCUAGAAAAUGGUAAGCUCGUACUGAAAUCAGCCAAUGGUGAUCUCACCACAAGGACUCCUUAUGCAGAUGACAACAGUCACUAUGUGACCCUGUACAGCAAUAUCAGCGGGGUUCGUCUCUAUGUGGAUGGUAAACUGGAGAAGAAUUCAAGAAAACUAACCAACAGGAAAAGACGGCAGCACCGUGAAGUUACCACUGGACAUAUUUACAUUGGAGGGGUUCCGGAAUCCUUCACAGUGGCCAACAUGACAGGCUGCAUCAGCAAUUUCUUUGUCAAAAGAGAGAAGGAUGAGCAGAUGGUUGUGGAUUUUCUGCAGUCCAAACUCAUGAAUGUGGCUUUGAGCUGCCCGGCUAGCCGACAACCCCAGCUGAUGCAAGCUUUAUCAAAAAGGAACCGGGGUGGUCAGCCAAAUCUAAAGGGAGAGGUGACAUCAUUGUGGCAACCAUCGGUGGAGCCAACUUGUAACUCCAGACUCCCAAAAUCAAUUAAUGGAGCCUUCCAGUUCAGCAGCUCAGUAACAAGCCGCUUGGAGUUUGACGGCAUUCCAGAUUCUUUCCAAGACAGGUCGCACUUUUCAAUGGACGUGAGACUGAAUUCCACCAAUGGACUGUUGUUCUAUGUGUCAGAUGAUGAGGAAGACUCCGCAAUGGCACUCUAUGUGUCCAACAGCCGUUUUGUGCUCUUCAUUGAUAUUGCAGGAAAAAAGCUGAAAAUCAGGAGCCGGGAAAAGUACAGUGAUGGCCAUUGGCACACGGUUUUCUUCAGUAGAGAGAAAAGCAAAAUCCAACUGGUUAUUGACGGACUGAAUUCCCAAAGUGGGACACUACCUGCAGCCACAAGCCUGCUGGUCAGCUCACCUUUUUAUGUGGGAGGCGUUCCUGCUGGGAAGUGUAAGAAGCAUGCCAAAGAAAUUUCUGUCAACGGUUUUGUUGGGUGUAUCAAGAAUGUGAAACUGGACAGAAGGCCACUUGGUGCCCCGGCCCGCACCUUUGGGGUUGUGCACUGCUUUGAAAGCAGCCUGGAGAGUGGUGUGUACUUUGCAGCAGAAGGAGGACAUCUAACUCUUGGCAAUUCCUUCACGAUCAGCCAGGACUUCGAAAUGAUGCUGGAAGUUCGACCCUUGGCACAAACUGGUUUGCUGUUCCACAUUGGAAGAAAGGGACAUCACCUAACUCUUUAUACCCAGAAUGGAAAGGUUACAGUUGAAGUUGAUAAUGGAGCUGGUCGAUUUUCAGUAUCAUUGAUGCCGAAGCAGUCACUCUGCAAUGGUCACUGGCACCACAUAGCGGUUAUAAAACGCCAGAAUGUUAUUCAGAUCGAUAUGGACACAGAAGGAAACCAUGCAGUAGGACCAAAAGGCUCGCGUUUUUCAAAUCUGAAAGAAAUGGCCUAUCUAGGUGGAGUGCCAGACACAGUUGAGGUCCCAGGAUUGUCCUCUCCACUCCCUCCUUUCCAUGGAUGUAUCAGAAAUGUGGCCAUCAACAGAGUUGUGGCUGAUCUGUCCAGAACUGGGUCAUUACACGGUGCUGUUGGUGUCAGUGGCUGCCCUGUUAUGGAAAUUUAGCACAUGGUCACAACACAGGCCAACACCAGACCUAUAGAGGACUCACCUAGGCUAAUUUAAAUAUAUUUAUGAUCAAUAUGAAAAGAAAAAAAAAGAAAGAACUGUUUACAGUGAGGCCACAGCAGAUCUUUCAAACUUUUCAAAUUGCACUUUUUUAUUUAAGAAGAAGAUGAUUAUAAAAAUGUUCCCAAACCCUUUAUUUGGACGAGAGGUGCUGUUGAUUUAUGACGUGGUGUCGGGCGUUGAGGAGGUACUGUAUGUCUUAUUCCCACAAGUCUGGACGGCUUCCUGAGUUUUGUGACAGAGGUGACGUUUUCACACCCCCUGCUUUGUCACCUUGUAGUUACUCUGCCGACGUAAUGCAUAUGCUGUGGCUGUCCCACCUGUUGAUAUAAUGGGAUAAAUAUUAAUGAAUUGAUUAAAACACUGGUUUUAUAUUUCAGCCUGAAAAGGCCCCUUAUAUUUUUUACUAUGUAAUAUUGUUGUAAAUCAUUGGUACAUGCUUUUCUAUUAAAAUAAAUUUUCUCACCCCUUUAA